CGAUUUCCCUCGUUCGCGUGCUGCGCAGUGUUGGCAACUUUCUCCGAAAAGUCCAACUUCUGUGAAAUCCAACUUCAGUGAAGGCUACCCGGUGCUGUAGCUGGAAUCAAGUGCAUGAUCUAUAUAUCUAUAGGCAACCUGCUGUAAUUCAGCCAAUAACAUAGCGAGUUACAAAUUCGGUAAUAGGACAGAAAACAGCGUCGAGUCGAAUUAUUUUUAAAUUCCUUCUCUAACAUGUCGAUUAGCCUCUAUUGCGCCUAAAGGUGUGUGUGUGUGUGUCAGGCAGUCUCUCUCUCUGUUGCCAAUCACCACUCCUACUUUGUUUCUCUGCAUGGAUGACAGAUAAUCAUCACAGUUCACUAUGAGGAGGAUGGCGAAGGAUCUGCAACCAGCCGAGCAACGGUCUGGGUGGAUCUCCAGUUGGCUUCCAUCCUGGUGUCCCACCUCCCUCUCUCAGCUGAAGGACGCAGAAGACAAAAUGCUCAAAUCUGUGAAGGCCCCAUUCUCCAGGCAGCAUGUCCGGAUAUCCAACGGCAACUAUCUCUGGACCUUAGCCUUCACCUCUCACAUCAAGCCCCAUUCCUCUCUUCCACCCCAGCCUCAGCCAAAGCCCCAUCCCUCUCUCCCACCCCAGCCUCAGCCCCAACCACAUAUCUCUCUACCACCCCAUACCCAGCCCCAUCCCUCUUCUCCACAACCCUCUCUCCAGCCCCGUCCUCCCCUGGUGCUGCUCCAUGGGUUUGGGGGUGGUGUGGGUUUGUGGGCCCAGAACCUGGACUCUCUGUGUGGCAGUGGAGCUGUGUAUGCCCUGGAUCUUCUGGGGUUUGGACAGAGCAGCCGGCCCCUGUUCAGCGUGGACCCCCAGGGGGCAGAGGAGCAGUUCCUAGGGGCCCUGGAGGAGUGGAGGGACAGGGUGGGCCUGGAGGAGAUAGUCCUGCUGGGACACAACCUGGGAGGAUACCUGGCUGCUGCUUACACACUUACACACCCACACAGGGUAAAGCACUUGAUCCUGGUGGAGCCCUGGGGGAUCCCGGCCCGUCCAGAGAAUCUAGAUCAGGAGAAGUCUAUCCCAGUGUGGAUCAGAGCCAUGGGGGCUGUCAUGAGUCCCUUCAACCCCCUGGCUGGACUUAGACUGGCCGGACCACUGGGUCCUAUGUUGAUCCAGACCAUCAGGUCUGAUUUUAAACAGAAGUACUCUUCAGUGUUUGAUGACAACACCGUAUCAGACUACAUCUACCAUCUUAACGCACAGACACCAAGUGGUGAAACAGCGUUUAGGAACAUGACAGUACCAUAUGGUUGGGCUAAGAGACCAAUGUUAGACCGUAUUGGACAGAUCCAACCAGACAUUCCAAUAUCCAUCAUCUAUGGGUCCCGAUCCAGUAUCGACAGCGACUCGGGAUACACUAUCCAGAAAAUCCGACCAGAUGUGGACAUCAUCGUGAUAAGGGGAGGAGGUCACUAUGUGUUUGCUGACCAGCCAGACGACUUCAAUCAGAACGUUCUUCACAUCCUGGCCAGGAUGGAGGGAGAUAAGGAGAAGAAGAGUGGUGUGGAUGAGAAGGAAGGGAAAUGAGGAGGUGAGAGGAGAAGAUUGAGGGUUAAAUAAAGAAUGGCAGAUGAGAAGGGGAGAAGAGAAAGUAAAGGAGGGGGAGAAGGAGAGAGACAUGGAGGAGUUGUUACAACUUCUUGGCUCUGAGGAGUAGGAGGACGAUUGUUACGUUCAGACUUUGAACACACACUUUCCUCACUGAGGACGUACUAGCGCUAGGCUGGUAUGCGAUGGUUAGAUCAUCAUUUUGUUUUAGGUUGAUAUGGGAGGGCUUGCUAAUGAUCUAUGCUGACAUAAGCUGCCGCUGGUCCAUGUUGACUCCAAUGCUUCCCACAGUUGUGUCAAGUUGGCUGGAUGUCCUAUGGGUGGUGGACCAUUCUUGAUACACACGGGAAACUGUUGAGUGUGAAAAACCCAGCAGGGUUGCAGUUAUUGACGCAAACCGGUGCGCCUGGCUCCUACUACCAUAUUCCAUUCAACGGCACUUUAAUCUUUUGUCUUGCCCAUUCACCCUCUGAAUGACACACAUACACAAUCCAUGUCUCAAUUGCCUCAAGGAUUCAAAAUCCUUCUUCACCCUGUAUCCUCCCCUUCAUCUACACUGAUUUAAAGUGGAUUUAACAAGUGACAUUAACAAGGGAUCAUGGCUUUCACCUGA